AUGUCAACCAAGAUUGAAGAAAAUACCGAGUUUGAAACUGGCGCCAAUGGUGUCCCCAUCAACAACACCACACAAGCCAAUCCACCCGAUGAUGAUGAUGACGACGAUGUUCCGUCAUCAGGAAAGACCCAGAAGGAGAGAAGAAAGAUUGAAAUCAAGUUUAUUCAAGACAAGAGUAGACGCCAUAUUACUUUUAGUAAGAGAAAAGCUGGUAUUAUGAAGAAAGCCUAUGAGUUGAGUGUCUUGACAGGUACACAAGUUCUUUUGUUGGUUGUUUCUGAAACUGGGUUGGUUUAUACUUUUACUACACCUAAAUUACAACCAUUGGUGACCAAGCCAGAGGGUAAGAAUUUGAUUCAAGCUUGUUUGAAUGCACCAGAAGAGGGCCUUGGUGGUGAUCAAGAUCAAAGUGAUGGUGAACAAGCUGACUCACCUGAACAAAGUCCAGCUCCUGGUCAACAGCAACAACAGCAGCAGCAAGCACAAGCGCAACAGCAACAGCAACAUGCCCAAUUGCAGCAACAACAACAAGCUGCCGCUGCCGCUGCUGCUGCCCAACAUCAUCAGCAACAGCCACAACAAAUGCAGCCAAUACCUGGUGGUGGUCCUCAUGGUAUUCCACAAUAUGGUAACCCUGGUGCACAAGGACAACAGCCAGGACAACCUGGACAGCCGGGUAAUAUACCAUAUGGUGACUACGCAUAUUUUUCAAAUAUGCAAAAUAGUAACAUUCCUAAUCAACAACAAUAUCAAUAG